GGAAGGGCCGUGCUGGGUUUAUUGCCGUGUGAGGGGAAGCGGGGGAGCAUCCCGGGGCAUCAGGGGACGCUGAGUUCGCUUCUCUUGCAGGGGGAGCCGGAGCGCUGGGCGAGGGGUGGCUGAGUGUCUGCCAUGGCCAACGUGCUCUGUAACAGAGCAAGAUUGGUCACCUACCUCCCAGGGUUUUAUUCCUUAGUCAAAAGAGUUGUAAAUCCCAAGGCUUUUUCUACAGCAGGUUCCUCUGGCUCAGACGAGCCUCAUGUUGCUGCUACACCUCCUGAUUUAUGUCCAAGAACUGUAUGGCCCGAUGAAGUAAUGGGUCCGUUUGGUCCCCAGGACCAGAGAUUCCAGUUGCCGGGUAACAUUGGUUUUGACUGUCACCUGAAUGGUACUGCUGCUCAGAGGAAAAGCCAAGCCUCAAAAAGUCUACCUGAUAUAUUAGCAGAGCCCUCACCGAAUGAAAGGCAUGAAUUUGUAAUGGCACAAUACAUAAAUGAAUUUCAGGGUUCUGAUGUUCAACAGAAACAGCAAGUAAAUAAUGCUGAAACGUAUUUUGAAAAUGCAAAAGUGGAAUGUGCAGUACAAGCUUGUCCUGAGCUGCUACGGAAAGACUUUGAAUCAAUGUUUCCAGAAGUGAAUGCCAACCAUUUAACGGUACUGACUGUUACCCAGAAGACUAAAAAUGAUAUGACUGUAUGGAGUCAAGAAGUGGAAGAUGAGAGAGAAAUGCUGUUAGAAAAUUUCAUUAAUGGUGCCAAGGAAAUCUGCUAUGCAAUCUGUUCUGAAGGCUACUGGGCUGACUUCAUUGAUCCUUCCUCAGGACUGGCAUUUUUUGGACCUUACACAAACAACACUCUGUUUGAAACAGAUGAACGCUACCGCCACUUUGGAUUCUCUGUGGAUGACCUUGGCUGCUGCAAAGUUAUUCGUCAUAACAUCUGGGGUACUCAUGUUGUUGUAGGAAGUAUUUUCACUAACGCUGAACCUGACAGCCCUAUCAUGAGGAAACUAAGUGGAAACUAACUGUCAGCAGGGUUUCACAGAUCCACGUGACUUUGGCAUUCUUUGACUUGGUGAUUCUUUGUAAGCGUUGUCAGGAAGUACCACACUUGAAAUAAUCUUAGGUAAUAAAGUACCUGCUAUUUAUUUUGGUCUCAUGGCUGUGCUCAUCACGUGUGACUUGAAAUGUUAUUUGACACUAUUUUAACAGAUACUUGUAUGUGCCACAUGAAUUUUAAGCUGUGAGUUUCCCUCCUCUUUAAUUGGGUUCAAACUUAGUUGACUGAGUACACAGCUAUCUGCAUAGCCACUCAAUAUUAUCAGCUGUUCUGUCUUUCAAUGUCUGACAAGUCUGUGUUCUUGGCAUUAAAAAUCUUGAUGCCACUGAAUUUUCUAGGAAUUUUGACUGCUUACAGCAGUAAGUUCGUAGCAAAAACAAAAAAAGGGGGGGGAAGAGCAAAUAAUAGUACUAUUCUCCCAUAAUAUACAACUUAAUGAAGAUUGUAGCAGUGAAUACUGGGCUAAUUCAUUGCUCUAAAAAGAAUAAGUUAUCCUUUCAGGAUUCUCUAACUGCAAGUUGUGCUUCUUUAGAGAAGUGUUGAUGUUGUUGCUACAUCCAGAGACACAGUAAAAAGUCUUUUAACUCCAGAAUCAGUCAUCUCUUCAUCUUUUUGUCUUCAUGUUGCUUGUGAUUUUAUUUUCUCAGUGUUAGCUAAAUAUAUAUAUAACUAUUUUAUAUAUAUAAAUGUAAUUUAAACUUACUGCUGGAAUUUUUUAAGGUCAUUAAAUACAUUGAUGCAGGCCAAAAAAAGAAAGAUAACAGGGCAAUGCUUGGAUACCCUCAUUGUUUUUUCUUUUACUUGAAUGCAACUGAGAUUUAUCUCUGGAAUUUCAAAAUGCUUCAGCAAAGAGCAAUUAUGAUCAAUUGCUGUAAUUACAAUCAAUUAUAGAAAGCAUUUCAGCAGGAAGGUUUCUGUAAAUAAGUCGGUCUCUUCAGGCGACAUAAAAAACCUUCAAAUCAAUUGAAGUUACUGGAGAGAACAGUGAGGAAAAUUCAAGACAUCUGAAAUUUCAAAGCUGUCAGCUGCCUUGCUAUAUAAACUAGGUAAUUAAUGUUGCUCUGUUCACUUUUUAGGGCUGUUUGGUAACAUACCACAGCUGUAGCUGUUUAUGCAACAAUAGGGAUCUUUCAGUCUUGACUCAGUCAAAAUGUAAUGGAACUUUAGUCUGGAUAAUAGCUGCCAAGAAGAUGAGUUCAGAAGUUUAGCUUCAUUUGAAGUAGCUUGGGAUUUUAGUAACCCAUGGCUUUUUUCCUCCAGUAUUAAUAGUUAGGCUUAACACUUGUUCUGGGUCUGUGCACUGUUUCUAUUCCUUAUUCAGGUUCUAAGCCAGUCAGUCACCAAAGUCCUUGUGCUGUCAUUAUUUAGUAGGCUUAGAACCAGCCUCCCUUACCAAGUGCCUGAGAACUUAGUUGGCAAAUACUAGGAAACUUCUGUGAAAUGCUUCACAUAGUUGAACUGCAUUGAAGGCUCUUGGUGCUGUCUUUUCCUUUUCUUCAAGUGACUUUGUUGUACCUGCCUUUCUGUUUUUCUUUAACGAAGUGAGGUGCAUCUUCAGGCAGCUAUCCAAAUUAAACUUGGGACACCUGUUUGAGUUCAUACCCUGUAAAGUUUCAUGCUGGAAAAUUGGGAGGGGGGGUGGUGUUUGGUUGUGUUUUUGUUCUGUUUUACAGGAAAAAACCUCACUGAAAACAGUGUGAAUUCUGCCUGGACAUCACUGAUAGUAUUUCAUGCUAGAAUUUUAGGGGAGAUAUUUUGUGGGUAUUUUUCUAACUUAACGUUUUCUUGUACAGAAAAGCUUACUAAAACUCUCAAAAGAGGUUAGAACUAUUCCAGUUCUCCUUCCUUCUUAUCAGGAGAGAUUUAUUGUAUAUUAAUUUGCUACUGUGAAAUAAAGGGUUUGGAAAACAGUGUGAUGAGCUGUACUUCUGAUAAUAAAAAAGCAACAAACAAAACA